CGUACGUACACAUUUCGAGCUCGGUACGGUCUUUUAAACAAAGACUACGACGGACGGUACAAAAUGAACAUGGCGUCCGAAUCCCACCGUUCACAGAUUGUCACGGUCGGGAAGUGAAUCUAAAUAAAGAAAACAAACAGAAGUCUGUUGAUUGAGGCCGGCAAACAAUGUCAGGGGUCCCAGGAGGUGGUGUCCAGACUCCAGCGAUCCCCGUCCCUCAGGGUCUCCCUCCCAUGGGAUUAAGCAUGCCUGGCAUCCAAACCCCCAACCCCGGAGGACCAGGAGGCAACAUGAUGGGUGCUCCGGCCCAGGCAGCUGGGAUGCAGAUGGUUCCGAUGCAACCCCAGGUAGCAGGAGGAGGUGGAGCAGGAGGAGGGGCCAGCAUAUCAUUGGGCCUGCUCCUGGAACAUCUCGUCCAGAAGACAUACCAUGAGCUCACUGUUUUGGCUGAACUAUUACCGCGUAAGAUGGACAUGGAAAAGAAAAUUGAGAUCGUGAAAUUCGCCCGGAGUACGAGGCAGUCAUUUAUCCGUCUUUUGGCCUUGGUCAAGUGGGCUGGCAGUGCAGCCAAGGUGGACAAAUGUGCGGCAAUUUCGUUAUUUUUGGACCAGCAAUCGUUGUUGUUUGUAGACACUGCUGACAUGCUUUCAAGGAUGGCCAGGGAAAACCUUGUACAUGCCAGGUUGCCAAACUUCUGUCUACCCCAUGCCGUGGAUGUGCUAACCAUGCGCCAGUACAAGCGUAUGCCGGCAUGCAUCAAAGAGCGUAUAGUCCCACCUGAUCCCAUCACCUCAUCAGAGAAGGAGACGGUCCUUCAUCGAUUGGAUCAGAUAAUCCAGCAUAGAUUAGUGACUAGCGAACUCCCUCCACAGCUUGCUAAUCUCACAAUAGAGGACGGUAGGGUCAAGUUUCGAGUUCCUCAAGAAUUUGAGGUUACACUGACAUUAAUGGAGGAUAACAAGACUAUUCCUUGGAGGCUUCUCAAUAUUGAAAUACUGGUGCAAGAUCCGGAUACUGGAGAUGGAAAAGCCCUGGUUCACCCUAUACAGGUCAUGUGCAUUCAUCAGUUAGUCCAGUCAAGGCUGUUUGGUGAUGAAAAACCCCUAGUCGACAUGUACAACGUGUUACACACCUUUUGCCAAUCCUUGCAGCUUGAGGUUCUAUAUUCACAGGUGCAGAGACUGAUCAGUGAAAGAUGGGGAGAGCAUGUUGUGAUUGAUAAAUACACCGCUGGGGAAUGCCUGAUCAUGUCAUACUGGAGAUCACAAAGCCUGCAUACUUCUAAGAAGGCCGAGUUAUACAAGCUGACAGUGAGCAUUGAUGACGAUGAUGUAGCUAAGCCUCUUCAAGUGAUGCACGACCCUCCGCUUGAUGUGGUAGAUGCUGUCCGUGUCAAUCAAGCUAUUAGGUGUGAUCAUCUAUCUGUUGAGAGGCUCCUUGUAGAGACUGUUCUAGUCAGGUCAAGAAUCAAACUCAAGGGAUUACAAGAAGAACUGGAGAAGGACCUCCCUGGAUUCAAAUGUCAUGUUGAAGGUUCUCCCUCAUUGUUAUACAUCCCUGUUGUAAAGCCAUGUAGUGAUGAUGAGCAGCUUGUGGUAUCCGUUGAUAUGCAGACUGGAUCAUUUAUACCAAGCAUUGCACAUUGCGGGAAUGCACUCUUAGAUGAGAUAGAUAACAGUCUGAAUCAUGAACGUAGUAAAUUGGAAUCUCUCAUCGCAAAGCUCAGGGUUUUGUUGUACAUGCGUCAUUGUCAAUACUCCGUCUCCAUGCUGCCCGUCACCUUCAUGAAAGAGCUCCCUCUUGUGACAGUGUCACCCGAUCAUCCGCUGAAACGCCUCUUGCCAAACUACAUCUACCUGCGACUCACUCAGCAUCCUCAGUAUUAUGUGGUUGUAGACUUUGCCCUAGGAAAGGGGUUAAGUGACUUUGUUUGCCGGUACCAUCUGAUGCGUUGUAGUUCCGUCCCGUACGUCGACACUCAGAACGUACCCCAGGGCGGGACUACCCCGACCAAUCAGAAGGAAGCUAGCGAGACCACAGAGAAGUACCUCCAACCAGACGCAUUCGUGGAUCUGGAUCACUCCACUAUAUUGCGGGGGCCAGAUACAUCGGUAGAAGACCUGGGUGAAUAUGAUGAUGAAAAUAAAAGAAAGGUUGUUUACACAUCAUCAGGGAAGCCUAAGAAGAAGAAAUUGACAAGUCAUUGUGAAUUCUUCAACUACACGCUCUCUCACGUCAUCUCAUUAUGCAACAUACGCAUACCGUUCAUCAAGCUCUGCGAAGAGCUGUCGGAAAACAACCUCGCCCACCAGGGUAUCCAAGUGGAAGGGGAAGGCGUCGGUCUCGUCAUCAAGCUCUGCUCACUCCCGCCCUGUAAAGGCGUUGCCAAGGAAACCAGCACAGCGUUGAAUGCUGCCCUCUUGGACUGUUCAUUUAGACUUCAUAAGAAUCAGCAUGGCAUGUGGCAAGUUCAGAUGGUCUUUGCAAACUGUCCUGUUACUAGCUGUUCCACCAGAGAACAGGGUUCCACACGCCUUGUCUACUUGUUCUACAAGGUCCUCGGCAUGCACUCCGUGGUCAAGCAGUUCCUGCGCGACUGGGACUCCAUUGGUCGUCUGUAUCAUUUGACCCUUGACCUACCAAUAUGGCUGCCCUAUCUGACUCUGUCUCAUUCAUCGCGCUCGGGACUGAUACAAGACAACCCUCCGUUCACAACAUUGGUGGAUAUUCAGUCGUUCACAUACCAGAAGAUCACUAUAGCAUAUGGAAAGGACAGAUCAAGCACUGUUAUGGUGUAUUGGGAUCCAGACAGUCAGAAGUUUCGUCUUAACUUCAGCGCCGUGGGUUCCACCUCAACAGCUAACUGUCACCUGAUGGUUCAGUCUUAUUUAGAGCAUGAAUUGAAUGAAGAACAAAGUCUCCCAAAACUUAUCAAGAGUCUAUGUGAAAGUCAAGGACCCCUGCAUUCAAUCUGCAAGCUACCCUUGAUCCCGUCGUUGGGUCUGAUAGCCGCAACUAGUCAGGUGGCCGGGCCCAUCCACAAGUUUGCUCUCUGCCCUCAAUCCAGUACCCAUUAUCGGAUCGUCUUCCACAAUGCGUUCUGCUUGGACGUUCAUUGCAAAGGGAAGAAUACUGUUGCUGUCAGAGAUGGAGCAUUUAGUUUAUUUGACGUGAGGAAAGUUGUUGAAGGUCUCUACACUGUACCUAAUCUCAAGGCUUUCCUGGAGCUAUUCAUCGAUGAGACGGUCUCCUACCACCAUCAGCACCGUAACAGCCGUACCCUGCCAGCAAACGAGGACGACGGUAACCCUCUGUCACCGAUGAACAUCGAUGCAGGCCCUACCCCACCAGACCCGUACCUCCCCACUCAAGUCUCUUCGGGUUACCCCUCCGGAGCCUCGCCCAUGUCAAGGGCGGGGCUGGGUCAGAGCGGGUCAGGGGGCUUUGCUUACCCCAUGACCCCACCCACUGGACCAGGAGGACCGGGAAGUAGCAAUCCGGCCACCCCGGCCUCACCUCAUACGUCGGUCUUAUCGCAACAGCAUUAUGCGAUGUCUCCUGGUGCGUACCCUCUAGCCUCACCUCCGUCUAUCCCCGGACCUUCCCCAUCCGCCGUCAUGAAGGGAACCCCAUCACCAGGCUUAGUUGAAGGAGGUUCUCCAUUUACUUCUUCGAUGGGCCUGACCAUGCCGUCCCCCGGAUCUCGUCAGUGGCCCGGGAGUCCCUCCAUGCCCGGGCCCUCCCCCGUCCAGCGUUUUGGUAUGGCCCAGUCACCAGGUAGUAUGGGAGCAUCCACUCAUUCUCCGGGGAGUAGCGGCAUGACGGGCCAGCCGGGACAAAUUGUUCAACGCCAGACGAGGGUGCUCCCGCCCCGUAACCUGGCCACCUCCUUGCCUACCAUUCUCUCCCACGAGGCACUCAAUCGUAUGUUCACCCCAGCGGCCAUCCACGGGACGCCGACUACGCCGAGUACCUACCUCUGUGCUCCGAUAGAACGCUUCCUUGGAUCAACUUACCUUCAAAGGCAUCUCAAAAGGGUUUUAAAUGCUGAACAGACCCAGACGUUGCAAGCUGCAGAACAAGGAUGCAGAGUAAAGCUGACUUUGCUGCCCCCUAGUGAUCAAGGUUUCCAUUUCAAGAAUGAUUCGCUGAUAUUCCGUGUUUGGUUGAACCCCGCCCAUAUGCAGCAGCUCCAUCUACAGGCCAAGCAAACUCCAGAUGCCAAAGAACGGUGGAGCCAAGAGGAACUACAGGUCAUUGAACUUUACUUUGAGAAUAAGGUUGCCUGCCCACCGUUCAAACCCAGAGCUAUCACAUCCUUUGCCCGUAUGUUGGGUGCCAUGCCCGGCGUCUUCAAGGACCUGAUCCAGCUGAUGCACCUGGAGCUCCAGCCGGACCCGUCGUUGAAGUGGUCCAUGCAGCUCUGCCUGACCGUGCCCCAAGGACAGACCUUUGCCACGGCCGGCAUCCCAGCUGUGGUCAUCAAGACCAAAAUGCUCCUAUUUAUCCAGUUGCGUAGGCAGGACAGCGCCGCCAUGGUCGGUCAGGAAGCUCCUUCGGUCAUCGUCCCUGUGUUGUACGACAUGCAAGCGAACACCACCCAGCACAUAUCGGCCAUCAAACCUUCCGUUCCUACCAGUCAGAACGAUGGCACCAUUGCCACCAUGCUUAGGAGAUGGGCGGAAUUCCCCAACAAUCCGGAGUGCACCUUGUUUCCUGCCAUCAGAGAUCUUAUGGCUAAUCUCAUCUUACCAAUGUGAAUGCUUUAAAUCUGAUGGGAUAUUCAAGGACAAAGGGAUAAUUCAUCGGAUAUUUUGUGCAUUUAUUGAAAGUCAAUCAUGAUUUAGCUAGUUGAACCAAGACAGUUGAGGGUAUCAAGAUUUGUACGCCAUGAAAAAGGUUUGUAGGCUAACACCUUCAUGGCUAAACCCACUUGGUCUCCUAGCAAAGGUCCAAUCCUUAAGUCUGGCUAAAACCAUCAUGGCAAAACCCGCUUGUCAAAGUGGGCGUAGACCAAGUGGAAAUUUACAUGAAACAGGGUAUGUCGUCCUCGUCCUGCAAAAGUAUUUCAUGAAAGUUUUAAACUUCAUCUUCGAGUGGGAAACAUCUUUCAGUGGAUAGGGGAAAAAGAACAAAUGGGAGUGGCACCUCUAAAAACUGAAAAGGUGAACUACAUGUAUUGGGAGCAUUACUUGUGAUUUGAUCACAUGCCAUUGGCUGUUAACCAACAGGAAUGUCCCCACCGUUUUGGACUAGACACUUCUCUUGCCCCACUUGUUCCCGAGUUUCCGUCUCACAACCGGGAAGUUGGGAGUUGCUGCUACCCUGAUUGGCGUUCAACAUUAAAUCGAUAGAGCCUCGUAGACCUACA